GCUCGGGACCCGCGGUACAGCCCUGGGAGGGGGCCAGGGCUGUGGCAGGAAGCCGGAAGCAGCCGCGGCCCCAGCUCGGGAGACAUGGCGGGCAUUAAAGCUCUUGUGUUAUUAUCCUUCAGUGGGGCUAUUGGACUGACUUUUCUUAUGCUGGGAUGUGCCUUGGAGGAUUAUGGCGUUUACUGGCCCUUGUUCGUCUUGAUAUUUCACGCCAUCUCUCCCAUUCCCUAUUUCAUUGCCAAAAGAGCAACCUAUGACUCUGAUGCGACGAGCAGUGCCUGUCGGGAACUGGCAUAUUUUUUCACCACUGGAAUUGUUGUUUCUGCCUUUGGAUUUCCUGUUAUUCUUGCUCGUGUGGCUGUGAUCAAGUGGGGAGCCUGUGGCCUUGUGUUGGCAGGCAAUGCAGUCAUUUUCCUUACAAUUCAAGGUUUUUUCCUUGUGUUUGGAAGAGGAGAUGAUUUUAGCUGGGAGCAGUGGUAGUACUUUAUUCUGAUAAAAUGCAUUUAAUUUCUUACAAUUCAUACUAUACGUAUGUGUGUGCACAUGUGGCCUUUUACUAUGAAAUUCAAUAUGCUGGGUUUUGUUUUUUUAUAUAUACCUUUAUAUCAUGUUCAUGUUAAGGAGGACUACAUGAGAAAGAUUAUACUCCCAGCAAAUAGACCACUCCAUUUACUCAAUUUGAAUUACGUUGUUUGGCUGUUUAUAUAGUCAUGGUGCUCUCAGAAAAUAUGUUAACACAAUCUUGUAGACAGCUGUUCACAUAUGCAAUGCAUCUACACCUUUUGGCUGGGGAUGUGCUUGUGUAGGAGCAGCUCUUGGUUCAGCUCAGGACUUCCCAAGACACACUUGUGGCCCAGAGAGACAGAGGUGGCUCCCUCUUUGUGUGGCAGACCCCUGCUGUGGUCCAUAGAUAGCAUCAGCAUCUCUGAGGAGCUUAUUACAAAUGCAAGAUCUGAGACCCCACCCCAGACCCAGUACAUUGGGAUGAGAUUCCCAAGUGAAUCCUAUGAGGAGUCAUAGAGGAGUAAGCAUCACAUAGAGCUUCCUUUUCUUCCUCUCGGCUGAACCACUUAACUUCUCUGGGUGUUUGCUUCUCAUUUGUAAAAAUUGUUUCCCCUGCCAUCAUGCUGAGGCCUAGUUCACACUCUCUUCGGUAUUUGUGAAACGUCCAACCUGUAAGGUCCAGGCUUUUCCUCAUAUUUCUGAAGUGUUCACAUUAGGUAACAGCUGUCCUUCUCACUGUCUGAAAGGCAGUGGCUGUCUUCACAGUGCUGGGGGAACAGAAUAACUCCAGAGCCCCACUGGGGUGCAGGGGAGGGAGGCUAGACUGGAACCAGUUGCUGAGACCCCAGGAACUGCUCUAGCAGAAUGGAGAAGAAUAGAAGGUAAUUCUGCUUCAUUUCCCUUUAUAAUCUCACUGCUGUCCCUCUCCUUCCCUGUCCGUUCCCCCUGCCCCCAGUAUCUCUCUCUCUCUCUCUCCUCCCCCCCUCCCCCCAGCAGCUCUGAUUAGCCCUUACUCUUUCAUGACUCGGGCGUCUCCUUUCUAUAGACAUGGAACCAAGCAGAGGGGGAGCUGCUUAAUUUUACUUAUAUGUUGAUAUGCUUGUUGUCUUUCAUGUUCUGUAGGACUUUAUAUAUAUAAAAAACACUUUAUGCUACUUCUAAAUGAAUCAUUAGGAAACAUGUCAUGGUGGACCCUGUAAUCACAGUUUUUCUAGUUCAACUUUAUAUCCAAGACCUGUUGAAAAAGGGAGAUAUGGGAAAUAGAACCACUCGAUCAGAAUAUAAGCAGUGAUUUUAAAGCAUUGUUAAUAUGGGAUAACUGACAUACAUUCAAAAGACUGAACACUUGAAGUGUGUGAUCUGAGUUAUUAGUACGCUCCUUCAUGUUUUAGAAUGACGCUGGGACCAGGAGAAGAUAAAAGAGAUACCUGAAAGACAAUAUGCAAAGUUGUAGUUUGACCUUGUGCAUGAUUUUAUGUUUUCAAUGUUAUAUGUACAUAUAGAAUUGUUAAAGUUGUUACUUCCAAUAUUUAUAUUAGACAAAUUAUAUAGACACUUUAUGAUUUUAACCAGCAUUUUUAAUAACACUUGCACUUAUUGUAUUGUAAUAAAUUUUACUUUUAACACAAAA